AUGUUGUCACAGCGUUGCGAUGCGUUGAUAAGCGCUUUCGUUUUAACGCUUUAUUAUGUGGGCGUGGUCGCAGUGGCCGAUUCCGACUUUGUGACAAUGGCCGAUCUGCGGAGGAGUAGGCGUGGCCAGUCGCAUUCCUUGCGUCCCGGUGGCAUGUCAGCGGACGGAGUUGGAUUCCAGUACACGAUGCGCUAUCAGCCGGGAUUCCACCUUCACAAUGUAGCGCAACAACAGGCGGAAGAUGGGAUGAACGGAGGAGGAGGUGGAGGAGAGAUGCCCCCUGAGAUGACAGAGGCGCCUAUGCCGAUGCCCACACCUGCCACCCCUGCACCGGAGCCCGGACCCCUGGAUCCGGAUGAACCCGAGCCCACUAUUCCAAUGAGACCCACAUCCUCACCCACAGAGGCUCCUCCAUCUCCGCCAGCCACGGACAUGAUGAUGAUGAUGCCCACGCCCAGUAGCUCCCCUGGAAUGAUGUCCAGUCCAAGCUCCAGGCCCCCGAUGAGACCUUCCGUGCCAACACCACCCUCCAGUACCAAGACUCCGGGGAUGCGACCUCAUCGGCCACCUCUGAAAAACCUCCUUUUCGGAUCGCCCAUCGAGGCCAACCUCAUCUUGAAGAAACCCAAUGCGCCACGAUCCAAGGGAAAGGGCUUCCUCAGCCUGUUCGAGGUGAUCAAGUUUCCUAACACCAAGUGCAGCGUCUCCAUGGGCGACAUUCGUAGCAUGGAGGGGGUUUGCUAUCAUGAGUUCGAGUGCAAGAGUCUCGGAGGGAUCCCCACCGAAAGCUGUGCCGAGGGCGUGGGUGUCUGCUGUGUGUUUGUCAAUGGUUGCGGCGAUGUCACCAGCCAACAAAUCCUUUACUUCGAGAGUCCCAACUAUCCGCAAGCGGUUCGCGAAAUGAUGAUAUGCGUCUUGAUCAUAAAUGUGAAAAAGGGAGUGGAGCAACUGCGUCUGGAUUUCCAAAUGUUUGAGCUAAGUCGACCCACCAAUGGAGAUUGUAUGGAUGAUCAAUUUAUUGUGUCGGGUCAUAAUUCAAACUUCCAAAUACCUGUUCUAUGUGGAAUCAACACAGGCCAACAUAUUUAUAUACAUGUAGGGGAUUCCAAUGAGAGUAAGGUGUAUCUUUCGGUUUUUGUCAAGGUCUCUGGGGGUGGCCGUUCAUUUAACAUUAAAGUCUCCCAGCUGGAAGACAAUCUGGCUCCCAACAACUGCUUGCAAUAUUUUACCGAAUCCGAGGGCAUUGUCAAGUCCUUUAAUUACGACACAGAUGGAUCCAUUGUGGACAAUCGGGAAGCUACUUAUUUUAACAAUCUAAACUACGCCAUUUGCCUAUCGCGUUUGAAAAAUGUCUGCAGCGUGAGCUACAAUACCGAACAAUUAGGUGGCGACCAACCGGAUUUUCAGAUUGUUAACAAAGAUGAAGCCGAGAACGAUCUGAUCUCCGAUGGGCAGGCGGGAGCUGGCAUCUUCAACUGUCCGGAUGACUUUAUAGCCAUCAACUCGGUGCCGUUGUGCGGGGAGCGGUUCAACGAUGGACGAGAGACCGACGACUUCACCAUGCACGCCACCGUGAGGGACACCGCCGCAGGACCCAUAAUCCUGCCCUUUCGCACCGAUGCCGAGUAUGUGGGUCGUGGCUUCAGACUCCUUUACAGGCAGGAGUUGUGUGUCUAG